AUGCGAGCUUCUCAGGUCACGUUCUCCGGGAUGCCUACGGGCAAGAAAUACAUGGGUUGGUGGGGCGACUUUGGCGGCCCGACCCAGAGGGGAAUCACCCAGUACGCGGUCUCACCAUUCCAGCAGAACGCUAUGAAGGGUGCCCUCCACUCGUACGUCUUCUACGGCUUCAAGCGCAUCAUGCAGCAGGCUCCUUACUUUGCCCUCCCCUUCGCUGCUGGUUACGGCCUCAUCGCUUGGGCCAAGAGCAAGAACGCCUACUACAACUCGAAAGCUGGUCACCUCGAGCUCGGUCACGACGAGUAG